GCGGAGCAGAAGAGCGGACGAGGCCGCCCCAGGGCGCCGGGGCGCAUGCGUGGCGGUGGGCAGCAAGAUGUCAGCGCAGGGGGAUUGCGAGUUUCUGGUGAAGCGAGCCCGAGAGCUGGUGCCGGGAGAUCUAUGGGCGGCUAAAGCCUGGCUCAUCACGGCACGGAGCCUCUACCCCGCCGACUUCAACAUCCAGUACGAGAUGUACACCAUCGAGAGGAACGCUGAGAGGACGGCGUCGGCAGGCAGGCUGCUCUACGACAUGUUUGUGAAUUUUCCAGACCAGCCUGCAGUGUGGAGGGAGAUCAGUGUUAUUACAGCAGCGCUGAGGAAUGACUCGCAGGACAAGCAGACACAGUUUUUAAGAGGACUAUUUGAAACCCUUCCUGGUCGAGUGCAGUGUGAAAUGUUACUGAAGGCCACAGAGCAGUGUUUUAACACGCUAGAAAGGGCAGAAAUGCUACUGCUACUUCUACGACGCUUCCCAGAGACUGUGGUACAGCAUGGGGUAGGCCUUGGAGAAACGUUAUUGGAAGCUGAAAAUAUUGAAGACCAAGAAUCCCCAGUGAAUUGUUUUAGAAAACUGUUUGUGUGUGAUGUUCUUCCUCUAAUAAUUAACAACCCUGAUGUUCGACUUCCUGCCAGCUUGUUAUAUAAAUACCUAAAUAAAGCAGCAGAAUUUUAUAUUAACUAUGUAACUAGAUCUACACAGACAGAAAGCCAGUAUCAAGGUUCACAAGAUUCAUCCGAUCUUAUGUCUCCAAGCAAACGUAGCUCUCAGAAAUACAUAAUAGAUGGUCUUACAGAGAAAUCAUCCCAGAUUACAGAUCCUUGGGAGAGGCUGUUUAAAAUAUUGUCUGUGGUGGGAAUGAGAUGUGAAUGGCAAAUGGAUAAAGGAAGAAGAAGUUUUGGAGAUAUUUUACAUAGAAUGAAAGACCUCUGCAGAUACAUCAGUAACUUUGAUAGUGAUGCACAUGCUAAAUACAAGAAUCAAGUAGUGUAUUCUACAAUGCUGGUCUUCUUUAAAAAUGCAUUCCAGUACGUCAGCAAUAUCCAGCCAUCUCUCUUCCAAGGCCCAAAUGCUCCAAACCAAGCCCCACUGAUUCUUCUUGAGGAUGUGACCAGUGUCUAUGGCGAUACAGAUAUCGAUCGUAACAAACACAUACACAAAAAGAGGAAACUUGCUGAAGGAAGAGAAAAAACAAUGCAGAGCUCAGAUGACGAGGAUCCUUCUGGGAAGGUGCGAAGUCGUCAUAUUGCAGUUAAUAAGGCAGACCUUGCAAACUCCAUUGAAGUACUAGAGAGCUUUAAACUGGCAAGAGAGAGCUGGGAGCUGCUCUGUUCACUGGAAUCACUUGACAAAGAGUUCACCAGAAUUUGUUUGUCUUGGAAGACUGAAACCUGGCUUUGGUUAAGAAUCUUUCUUACGGACAUGAUUAUUUACCAGGGACAGUACAAAAAAGCAAUUAGCAGCCUGCAUCACUUGGCAGCUCUUCAGGGUUCUCAUUCUCCACAACAAAUUACAGGGCAAGGAUCACUAGAAAAUCAGAGAGCGCUAAUCCAGUUAGCAACGUGCCACUUUGCCCUUGGAGAGUACCGGCAAACAUGUGAAAAGGUGCUUGACCUCAUGUGCUGUAUUUUACUUCCAAUACAAGAAGGAGGUAAAGUACAGGAGGAGCAACCUAAAGUAAAGUCUAAAUUCAGAAAAGGGUCUGAUUUGAAGCUUUGGCCGUGUACUAGCAGAGCUAUCAUGCCUUACUGCCUUCAUCUGUUAUUAGCUUGUUUCAAGCUCAGAGCUUUCACUGACAACAGAGAUGAUACGGCCUUGGGCCAUGUGAUUGUUCUGCUUCAGCAUGAGUGGCCAAGGGGUGAAAACUUGUUCCUGAAAGCCAUCAACAAAAUCUGCCAACAAGGGAACUUCCAGUAUGAGAAUUUUUUCAACUACGUCACAAAUAUUGAUAUGUUGGAAGAAUUUGCUUAUUUAAGAACACAGGAGGGUGGAAAAAUCCAUCUGGAACUGUUGCCAAAUCAAGGAAUGCUGAUCAAGUCAGUGUAUUCCGGCUGUUUACUUUAAGUAGAACUGGGCUAAAGUUCUCAAAAAUGGGAGCCUAACAUAAAGUAACAGUGCCCAAAUUUGAAUGAGUAAGUCAGUUUUCCAGAGUUCUCUUUUAAGCCCUUGGUUUUCAAACUCUCUACUCUUGCUGUAUCUCACUGCUUGUAGCGGAUGCAUGAAAACAAAAAUCAGGGUGUGCUGCUUUAUGUAUGAUGUUACAUAAUAGUCUUUGCCAGCAAGAGCAUUCUGCACUGAAGGCCACACCUGCUAAAUUCUUGGCUGCUAUCUCUAGUUAGUUUUAAUGGUUUAGUGCUAUUUCACUGGAUCACUGCUUUUACUUUUAAUUUGCAUGACAGCUGUUACUUAUUGUUCUGACUUCACCAGUCAGAACAGGUAGUGAGCAGUGCUUCUAGUUAGACAGAAAUUUCUUUGCCCUCCUUCUGACCAGCGUUAUGUUUUUUGAAUGAUGGCAAAUGCUUGGAGAAGUCCAUUUCUUUGUGCUUAUUUUACUACCAUGGUCAAAUAUCCUGUCCAGCUGGAAAAGGCUAAAAGUAAAGUGUCUCUUAUGUGCUUGAGAUCCAUCAGAGGUGAAACACUUUGUCAGAGAGCUGAGCGGGAAAAGAUGACAUCUAGUCCCUGGUACCCCAAAUAUUUCUUUAGCUGGACUGGUUUUGAGGGUCAGAAAUAGUGCCAACAGUGUUGACCUCGGUGGCAUUGAUUAACUUACUUGCCUCCUCCAGCUGAGCUUCUAAUCAAGUGUGCCAGCACAGCUCUGUUUCCUGGGACAUUACCUAUCUACCACUAAAUGGUUUGCAGGCUGAAAUCUGCACACUGGCUUUCAUCUUUCAAAAGUCUCAGCAGUUCUGGUUGUUCGAGCUGCUGCACCAUCUUCCCAGUGACUGCAGAGGCAGCUCAGACACUGUUCAUGCACAGGAGGACACUCAUGGUUUUUGCCAUAGCAGCCCAAAGACAAAAAUCAUCCUUUUGCCUGAUCUUUUCUCAGAAUAAAUGAGUGUAGCAAUCCCAUGUCAUAAUUAACAGGAUGACAGGUAUGUUUUUUGUAACGCUGAGCUUUUGUAUUGUGAAUUCUUAUAGAAAGUUUUCUUUCCAGGUGAAUUCUACAUUCUUAUACCAAUAUUUUCCACAGCACCUUACACCUCAGGGGAGACCAUUCCUUUUUCUGAACCCAGGAAGUUUUAAAACCACACUGGUUUUAAAAAGUUGACGUUUGGUCUUGGUAGUCAGGUUCAGCAAAAUGUAAUAUACAGCUUGUGAGGUUUCCCUUUCAUUGUAUCUGUUGUGGGAAUAUGAGGCUCCACAGUUUGAGUUUCAUCCUGUGGUAGUAGAGCCAGCUCAUUGUUUGCACAGCCAGCAAGACUUCUACAGUGAGCUCUGAAUUCUGCUAUUAUUUGCCUUUAAAUUCCAUUGUAGACAAGAUGUGUUUCAUAGUUGUACUGAUUACCCAUGGCAGUCUUAGCUAGUGAGGUUAGACAGGAAAAGAACAGUAUGCCGGAAGUGGCUGAUUGAUAUAAUGCUCCUAUUUUUGAUAAUCUCAGUCUAAUUAGACUGAUCAU